AAAAGCUCCUCAAAGAGCCUCAGAAACUGAUGGGAAACAAAGCACAUGAUCACAGUCAUCCUGAUGGAGAAACAUCUGGUUUUUGAGGACGAGGUUCAGUGCAGGAGCAGAAACGAUGCUGCGAGACCGAUGUGCUCCGUUCCUCCACAUCAGCAGACGAACGAGAGUGUGUUACUGCGUCAGUACGCUGAAAUCAUAGACGAGGAGGAAGGCGAUAAGAUGACGAGACCUGACACUUUCAUCUCACUGGAUGCUGAGGCUGAAGUCUCUGCGAGGAGAAGAAAACCAACCCUCGUCAGAUCCAAAACAUUUGAUCCGUCACUACUUCUGCAAGUCCAGAGUGACUCCGAAUCGAAGUGUGAACGCAGGAAACCUCAGUCCUGUCAGUCUCUGCGCACUAAUAUCCAGUACCACAAAGUUUUUAAAGACAUAAGUGAAGAUGAACAACUGAGGCAGAGUUACACAUGCGCGCUGCAGAAGGACAUUCUGUACCAAGGAAGGCUCUUUGUGUCCGAUAACUGGAUCUGUUUCCAUUCCAAAGUGUUCGGAAAAGACACUAAGAUUGCGAUUCCAGUUGCUUCAGUAACAGUGAUCAAGAAAACAAAAACUGCCAUCUUGGUGCCAAAUGCACUGGUUAUUUCUACAGCACUCGAGCGGCAUGUGUUUGUUUCGUUUCUGUCUCGAGACACAACUUAUAAGGUUUUGAUGUCUGUUUGCCCUCAUAUGGUUGAGAAGAGUCCUGGGAUCAGUCAAAUCCCGUCCCAGAGUCUGCAGGGACAUCCAGUGUCUCUGCCCACGGAUUUCACUGCAGAUCUGUCAGAUUUGGACGGUCCGGUCAGACAGACGGGUCAGCACAUGGAUGACAGCAGCAGCUCAGACUGUCCAGAGUCAGCGGAUUUCGUCAAAACCCAGAAAUUCCCGAAACGAUCCCAAGCUUUCAUUGAAGUGGCUAAAAGAGACAGUGAACUGGAUUCUCACCCACAACAAGAAACCAACACCACUGCAAACUUACCAUACACUGGUUCUACAGGAUCAGAGCUGGAGUUCAUGAAAACACUGCGGCCCGUGUCUCUCUCUCUGAACGCUCUGGUGUUGAUCUAUCUGUCUCUGGUUUGUGUCCUGCUGUUGUCCUCCUGUUACAUGGCGUUUAAAAUCGUGUCUCUUGAGGAGCGUCUGACAUCUCUCAUGUCAAUGGAGUUUCUCCAGAAAAGAGAUGAAUAUCAAAGCCUGUUUUCUGGAGAAACAGCUGAGUUCUACUCCGUUCUUUCUGCAAGUCUUCUGAAGCUGGAAAAGAUCCACAGAAACCUGCAGAGACUGCUGGAGACCGUGUCUGAGGUCUGAAUGAAGGGCAUACGCACAUGGAAGUGAAAGCCGUUCCAGUCAAUGUCUUGAAGUUUUUGGUGACACUUUCAAGAAUUAUUAUUUUUUUAAUCAUCAUCAUAAGUAGAACUAGUAAUCAUCGGCUGUUUUAUACAAACAUUAGAAGCCAAGCAUGAGAUAAACAUAAACUGAGCCAGUUUUUUUG